CCCGCCCGCGCCUCAUUUCUCUCACGAGACAGAAAAUUAGGUGGCGUGAUGCUCUAGGAUAGACGGUGACAUCAUUCGUAAAACACCCGCAGAUGCAUUCGUCUUCUGCGUGUACACUGUACAUUACUAGAAACUUGGACUGGUUCCAGACGCUUUCCCGUAUGUCCUACUGCAGCCACGUGAUAGCAACACUUCAACGGAACUUGACGGUGUGAUCAGGUUGUUCCUUCUCUACAUCAGCCAUGACCGUUCAAGAGCGUCCAGCCGCACCCGAAGAGUCAGCCAAGAGAGACGAGAGCGCAGCAACGCAACUGGUUUGGAAGAAUGUUGCGAUUCUCUCUUUCAUUCAUCUCUCAGCUUUCUACGGUCUCUACUUACUUCUCACUCGCAAGUGUAUGCUCUGGACGGCCAUCUACCUGUGGGUGCCCUACACUAUUGCCGGACUCGGGAUUACCGCGGGUGUGCACCGCUUGUGGUCUCACCGCGCCUACAAAGCGUCGUUUGGCUUGCGUGUUUUUCUCAUGAUUGCUAAUUGUAUGGCAAUGCAGACGAGCAUCUACGAGUGGAGUAGAGAUCAUCGUACGCAUCAUAAGUUUUCGGACACGAACGCCGAUCCGUACAACUCCCAGCGAGGAUUUUGGUUCUCGCAUAUGGGAUGGGUGGUGCGUCGUAAACACCCGGAUGUGGUCAGAAAGGGACGUGGUGUGGAUACGUCCGAUCUGGAAGCUGAUUGCGUCGUGACUUUUCAGAGGAAAUACUAUGUUGUUUUGGCUCUGUUUUUUGGUAUGUUUGUUCCUAGUGUCAUUCCUUUGCUUUGGAAUGAAUCGUUGGCUUAUUCGUUUCUCAUCACGAUGUUUCGUUAUGCUGCAAGUCUUCACCAGACGUGGUUGGUUAAUAGUGCUGCUCACAUGUUUGGUUAUCGACCAUAUGACAAGAACAUCAGACCAAGGGAAAAUGUGUUUGUCAGUUGGGUGACGAUCGGCGAGGGAUUUCACAACUACCAUCACACUUUCCCACAGGAUUAUCGUGCCAGCGAAUAUGGAUUCUCUCUUCUCAGUUUUACCACAAUGUUUAUUGAUUGUUGCUCGUGGCUGGGAUUGGCUACCGCAUGCAAACCGGCUAGAAAAGAGAUGAUUAAACAAAGACGAAUGCGCACAGGCGAACAUGACUAAAUGAAUGAACAUGACUAAAUGAAUGAACAUGACUAAAUGAAUGUGACAGAUUUGGAGUGUUCCAUAUGCAAACAGUUGCAACGGCAUGAGUGUCAUUUGAAGUUGUGGUUCUGAUUGUAUUGUGAGUUUACGUUGAGACACUACAGUAUAUAAUUAUUAUGUCUCUUAUGUCAUGA